GUUACAUGAAUAGGAAAUUACAUUUCAUUUCAUAGAUAUUGCAUAUCAGACAGUCAAAUGUGAUUUCAAAGAAUGCUCUUCCGAGAUGUCAGUUGUUUAGUUACUCUCCAAGUAACGUUGUCGAUUACAAUGUAUUAAACUGCAACCAGACGUUUUUCAGGUGGAGAAUAAGAUCAAAAGGAUUCUCCUGAUAUUCAAUCUAAAUUUCAUACAGAUUUUCCUACCGAGGUUUUCAUGAAACUGUUCAAUUAAAAGCUGGAACAUGGAGGAAAAUGCUACCAACGUAUCAGAUGUCAACAAUUUGAAAGGUGGAAAUGAUGAGGAGUCAGAUUCUAUUUCAAAACAGACGGAGAGGAAUAAUAGAUUGAACAGUGAUAAAAAAACUGAUUACAAUGAUCAAACAAAAGAAACGGGAUUUUCUAUUGAUGAUCACCCUGAGCCAAUGCGUGUUCAUGAUCUUGCCUCUGUUGACAGCACAAGAAAAUUCGAGCUUUCUGAUGACGAUCACAAUUCUCAUAGAUGUGGAAUAUUCUCCUUCUCACCUGACUGGUUGCAGGCUUUUACUAGCAAAAAGUCCUUCGUACUAUUUUAUGGAGUUUUGGGAAUGUCUCAGUUUGCGCUCUCCACCUACUUCGUAGCAACUAUUUCAACAAUUGAGAAAAGAUUUAAAAUGCCGACACGCACAAGUGGUUUGAUAACAAGCUCAACAGAUCUCGGCUACAUGGCAGUUUUGUUCUGUGCCUAUUUCGGACGAUUCGGUAACAAGCCAUUGUGGGUUGGUGCUGGAGCUAUGCUAUGUGCACUGUCCAGUUUUGUGAAACUGCUGCCACAUUUACUGUAUGGUCCCGGUGCAGAUGCUCUGCAAUUGGGCAACUCUAACGUGGAUAUCAAAGAUCAUAAUGGAACCAUCAGUUUUGAACCAGAUAUGGGGAAGUCCCUUUGUGGCAAACUCGGGGCAUCAACAGAGCAUUGUGAAGAUAAUCUUCAAAGUAUAAUUGUUGCCUUCAUUUUCAUUGUCAGUCAGAUUCUGAAUGGGCUUGGCUGCUCCACCUAUUGGUCUCUUGGUUUCACCUACUUGGAUGACAAUGUUCGAAAGGAUAAAGUCGCUUUACUAAUAGCCAUAUGCAGCUUCAUGAGAUCCUUUGGACCAAUGGUGGGAUUUUUUAUAUCAUGGAUCGCUUUGGAUAUGUACAUAGUACCAAGUCUUAAACCUUCUAUAGGCCCAAGUGAUCCCAGAUGGAUUGGAGCAUGGUGGUAUGGCUGGGCACCUCUAGGCAUAAUGAUGAUCCUAUUCGGCAUUAGCAUUGCAUUCUUUCCUAGAAUGCUACCAAGAGCCGCAGCAAGACAAAGACAGGCUGAUAAUGCAAUCACCCAGAGAAUAUUAGAUACCAAUAUGAAAAUACCAGAAGCUGCGGCUCUCAUUAUCAAAGAAGCGGUCAAAAAAGAAGAAAUUAUCCAGGAGCGUACUUUAAAAGAUUUGUUCAAAAACAUAAGAAGAAUCCUUAAGAACAAACUGUUUGUCCUGAAUGUGAUAGCGUCAUUGUGCUACAUGUUUGGAAUGAUGGGCUAUUGGGCCUACCUACCAAAAUACAUGGAAACUCAGUUUCAUGUAUCAGCUUCAAAAGCCAAUAUUGUGUCAGGUGCUGUGGGACUGGUAUUCUCUGGUAUAGGACUUCUAGCUUCAGGAGCAGCCAUCACAUUCUUCAAGCCCCGUGCGAGAUUUCUGGCUGGCUGGAACACAUUUGUGGAAAUCAUAGAUGCAAUCGGCCACUACAUGUAUGCCUUGAUCGGCUGUCCAGAUGGGGCUAGCAGCUUCCAUGGAAGUUUAACUGAUGAUUUCAAAUGGAAUAUGACAGACUCCUGCAACGCUGACUGCUCUUGUAGCAGUGCUAUCAAAUACGAUCCAGUUUGUCAAAUCAGCAAAAAUCUCACAUUUUUCUCUCCUUGUCAUGCCGGAUGUAGUUACACAGAAUAUAAUGGCACAUCUAAGAUUUUCAUGAACUGCAGUUGCGCGGAUAAUGGCCCCGUUGUUCCUGGUUUCUGUCCUGUAGACUGCUAUGAGCAGUUCAUGGUGUUUGUGAUAGUCAUGAGCUUUUUACGUUUGUUGUCUUCAACAAGCAGAUCCAGCAGUUCAAUCAUCAUGAUAAGGUGCGUUUCUAUAGCGGAUAAAUCCAUCUCCAUAGGAAUACUAGAGAUGGGACUUAUUCUCUUUGCUUUUCUUCCAGCUCCGAUCAUCUAUGGUCUGAUUCUGGAUAACGUUUGCUUGGUCUGGGGUGAGACCUGUGGAGAGACUGGAAAUUGUUGGUUAUAUGAUGCCGAAAAAAUGAGAUACUACCUCAACUUUACGUCCUCAACGUUUCUGUUGCUGGCUGCAUUUGCUGAUCUAGGGGUAUAUUUCCUCUCGAAAGACUUGAAGAUAUAUGAUGAGGAAAUUGAAGAAGAAACUCAAAAGAAAAAGAAGAAGAAGAAAAAGGACCCUGAGGAUGGUUUGGAGUUUGACGAAAUGAGUAAAGAGGCACAGCUUUUAAUACUACGAGCAGUACAGUCACCAGUUGCAGUUAAAAAAUCUGAUAUUGCUCCAGAAGAAUAAUUAUUGCUAUUAUUGGUACAACAAAGACUCAUAAAUUUUGAAAAUUCUACAAGGGAAGAGUCAUUUCAUGCAACCUGCUCAACCUCUUUCAUGUGUAGUAAUUACAAUUCAAUUAACAUCCAAAUUCCGUUUAUCUUACAUUAAAAAAGUAGAUAUUUAUAGAGAAUUCUUAACCAGCUCAAAUGUAAUCAACCACAUUACUAUUUCCACCUUAUAAAACCCUGACAGUGUUCUAGAUGUAACAGGUUCCAUUAUUCCUAUUCAGCGACUAAAAAUAUUAAGUUAUGAGAAUAUACUUAAAAAUCUGGA